AACGUGAGAGAAAGAACAAGAACCAACUUUCCAUUUUGAUGAAAGUGACAUUUUGUCGAACGAAAGCGAAAGUGGUUAAAAAAACUGGAACGAAAAUCAAAUCAAACGUCAUGCUCAUGCAAUAACAUUUUUACAUUGACACCUGGAACGUUGAACCAUAAUCUCUCUUUACUUCAAAAUUUUUUGUUAUGAAUUGAUUUCAGUAUGAACAACGAAACACAUUCUCAAAAUUCACAGCCGUCUCCAAACAUUGAACCCCCUCUCGUACCAUUAAAUCAAAGGGAUUCCUCAAGGUAUUGUUGGGUUUGUUUCGCCACUGAAGAGGAAGAUAGGGAAGCUGCUUGGGUACAACCAUGUAAUUGUAAAGGAACCACUAAAUGGGUGCAUCAAGCUUGUCUUCAAAGAUGGGUAGACGAAAAACAAAAAGGGGGUAAUGUUGGAAAAGUUACUUGCCCGCAAUGCCAAACAGAAUAUAUCAUAGUCUUUCCUAAUAUGGGGACUUUGGUUUUAAUUUUAGAUACAGUAGAUAGUUUCAUAUAUAAGGGUUGUCCUUUCUUGGCUGCAGGUAUUGUUGUAGGGGCUGUUUAUUGGUGCGCUGUUACAUAUGGUGCUAUAACAGUAAUGCAAGUGAUAGGGCAGAAAGAAGGACUGAUUAUAAUGGAACAAGCUGAUCCGCUCAUUCUUCUAAUUGGACUGCCGGCAAUACCUGUUGCACUUGUUUUGGGCAAAAUGAUCAACUGGGAAGAUGCCGUACUCAACUUCAUCAGGAAUAGUCUACCCCAUUUUCCACUAGUUAAACAUGUGUUGCCCUUUAGAAUCGAUGUGGGCCCCGCGGAAGCUUCAAGAGAAAAUGACCUUCCUCCUAUAUCCAACCCUGUUUCCGCUACAAGAAUUCUUUGCGGAGCUCUGCUGCUUCCUACUAUCGCUAACAUCUUUGGAAAGCUGUUUUAUGAUAAUUACAAAUCUAAUUUUCAUAAGACAGUUUUGGGCGGAAUAACUUUUAUAUUACUCAAGGGAUGCUUCAAGAUUUAUCAUAAACAACAGCAAUAUAUAAGACAAUGUCAAAGGAAAAUCCUUGACUACACCGAGUCAAACAUCGCUACUUAUGUACGAAACCGAUCUUCGGAAUAAUCAGUUUUUUUUAAUUAUCAUCCAGUUAAUUCGCUUUAUCAGUUGAUGAUGUCGAUCCAAGUAUAAACUAUUUAACUGUUGAAUAAUUUUAAGGACAUCGAAUUUCUCAAUAAAAUAUUUAUUCAAAUAAUUAAUAACUUGACUGCUUGAAAGAGAUACAUUUCAACUCGGCCUUAUGGUGAGCAAGCGAGUGAUAUUCUGAUUUACAAUUUAGGAAUCUAUGUUAUGUCCUUAAAAUGAAAUCUUGGAGGAAAGGUAAUAUUGAUUGAUUUUUGACAAAGUUAGGUAAUUACAUCAAAGCCUCUCUGAAUAUUGAAAAGGUUAAUUUUGAUGAAUAGAUCCUUUGAUUUCAGAAAUCUUUAUUGGUUAUCUAGUUUGUAAUAAUUCAAAUCUAAGGAUGAAUCAUAUUCCGGAUUUAUGAGAAAUAUAAUAACUUCAAUUAACAUCUCUAUUGUGACGUGAUGAGAACAAAAAUUAAUAGCUCUUUGGGGAGAUCUAAGUUUUUUAUUAGGUAGGCUUGGAUUUUUUUGAAGGAAGGAAAAUGAAGCAUUAUUAGCGUUUGAGCAUUUUAGAUUAUGAUUAGCAGUAGAUAAAUUAAUAAAGUAUGAGAAAUUUUUCAGUUUCAUAUUUCUGAUUCUUUCAAUUUUUAUUAUAAAAACAUCGCCUACCUAAUUUAAACAAUUUUCCAUUAAAUAACUAAUGAAAUUCAGUAUUCCCUGAACUUUUAGGAUUAAUAACGAUAUAUGCGGUCAUUUUACGUUAUGAUAAUUAUUUUUGAAAACUUUGCAAUAAUGACUGUAAAUAAAUAAUGGAAGGAUAAAGGCAGUAUGAGUAGUAUCAUUCCAUGAAGGAACGUUUCAAUAAUUAUCUGAUCACUUCAAAAAUGACCUGUGAUUUCUGAGAAAGAAUUAUGAAUAUUUAUUUUUGUUCUGAACUUACUUACCAAUGUAUGAUAAUAUUGUAUAUAUUCCAUUAUUUUUAUUUUUGUAAAAACAUUGAAUAUUCCCUUCCUGUUACUUGAUUCAUAAUUUGUCAAUAAAUAUUUAAAUUGAA